CGUGACGUCACUUCCAGUUAUUAAUUUCCACCAUGGAGUCCUGCGGAGUGAAGCUGAAUUUCUGGGAGAAUGGACCCCAACCGGGACAGCUUUACUCUCUGUCCGGGAGCACCGGGAGCACCGGGACCUCCUGCGGGCCCGUGCGACACACACUGAACCCGAUGGUCACCGGUACCUCGGUGCUCGGGGUGAAGUUCACCGGCGGCGUCAUCAUCGCGGCGGACAUGUUGGGAUCGUACGGGUCUCUCGCUCGCUUCAGGAACGUCUCGCGUAUCAUGAAGGUGAACGAUAACACCAUCCUCGGAGCGUCUGGAGAUUACGCCGACUACCAGCACCUGAAGCACAUCAUCGAGCAGAUGGUCAUCGACGAGGAGCUCCUGGGCGACGGCCACAGCUACAGCCCUAAAGCCGUCCACUCCUGGCUGACGAGGGUCAUGUACAACCGGCGCAGCAAGAUGAACCCUCUGUGGAACACCGUGGUGAUCGGAGGCUUCUACAACGGGGAGAGUUUCCUAGGGUACGUGGAUAAACUGGGCGUGGCCUACCAGGCGCCUACAGUGGCCACCGGGUUCGGAGCGUACCUGGCUCAGCCUCUGAUGAGGGAGGUGGUGGAGAACAAGGCAGAGAUCAGUAAGCAGGAGGCGAGGGAGCUGGUUGAACGCUGCCUCAAAGUUCUGUACUACAGAGACGCUCGCUCCUACAACCGGCAUGAGAUUGCCAUCGUGACGGAGGAAGGCGUGGAGAUCAUCGGGCCGCUGUCCUCAGAGACUAACUGGGACAUCGCUCACAUGGUCAGCGGUUUUGAAUGAAGACGAGUUGCAUCAAGAACAACUUCUGCAACUUAUCUUCCCCAGUUUAGUGUUUUCUCCUGUUCGUUGUAGCUUUUGUAUAAUGGAAAAUAAAUGUAAUAAAUCAAAAAA